AGGCGGGAGGCGGGGCCGGGCGCGGGGAGGACAGCGCGUGAGGCGGGACAGACAGGCCGCGGGACUAACGCCGGCGCGGGCGGCCCUCGAGCCUCGGCGGCGCGGCCAUGGCGGAGCUGCAGUCGCUGUCGGAGGACGCGUACCUGGCGCUGAGCCACAGCUAUGUGGCGGCGGCGGCGGCCGGACUGGCCUACGGGGCGGCGCGGGGGCCCGACGUGGGGCGCGACUGCUGUGCGCCCGGCCCGGGCGGCGACGGGCCCGCGGCCCCCGCGCCCCGCGCCGCCCCCGCGGCGGCCGAGAGCAGCGGUGAGCAGAGCGGCGACGAGGACGACGCCUUCGAGCGGCGGCGGCGGCGGCGCGGGCCGGGGCCGGCAGGGGACGCGCGGCGGCGGCCCCGGGAGCAGCGGUCGCUGCGGCUGAGCAUCAACGCUCGCGAGCGGCGGCGCAUGCACGACCUCAACGACGCGCUGGACGGGCUGCGCGCCGUCAUCCCCUACGCGCACAGCCCGUCGGUGCGCAAGCUCUCCAAGAUCGCCACGCUGCUGCUCGCCAAGAACUACAUCCUCAUGCAGGCGCAGGCCCUGGACGAGAUGCGGCGCCUCGUGGCCUACCUCAACCAGGGCCAGGGCCUGGCGGCGCCCGUGACCACCGCGCCCUUGACGCCCUUCGGCCAGGCCGCCGUGUACCCCUUCUCCGCGGGCGCCUCGCUGCCCUGCCCCGACAAGUGCGCUGCCUUCUCCGGAGCGCCCUCGGCGCUCUGCAAACACUGCACGGAGAAGCCCUAAAGCGACCCCCGGCAGCUUCCUCCCGAGCAUCUCACUUUGCCCCGGCUGACUGUCACCCUGCCCCCCCUUCCCGGACCCCGCCCACGGGGAGAAGGUCCGACCUCAAGUCCAGCCCCGACGCACCCAGCAGUUUGGGGGAGGCGGGAAGAGUGAAGUGUGUCGGGGGAUAGCACUGAGCCGGGAGCCGGCGGCGCGCGCUGGUCAUCUCCCUGGAUUCGGCACCAGGGCCGCAGAUGAGGCGGGGCUGGCGGGGUCCUGCGGGGCGCCUGCAGGAUCACUUGGAGCGGGGGCACAGGGCAACUUCUUGGCUUGCUGGUAGAGUCGUGGCUUUACCGUUGGGGCGAAUCCUGCCUCAAUCUGCCACUCUUCACAAACUUUAUGAUCGCGCCCUGGAUGAGGUGUCAUUCCCCAAGAUGCGGGAGCGCCGCACCUCUCAGCUCUGCGGACACAAUGUCCCCAGGUCGAGCGCCCAACCCCACCCCCACCCCAAGCCUGGCAACUGUCGUUUGCAAAGGACCUGCAGUGUGGACGCAAGCCUGCAUCUGUGAUGUCUGUAUUCUUGCCUACUGGGAGGUACUAACCUCUACAGAUGAGUGCACCCCCUGGCUGCCUCUCGCCUGUGGGAACUGUCCCCUUAACAGUCCUUGACUACCCAGCCAUCACUGCCCAGGAGUUGGAUGAAGCUUGCCUUUGCUCUUUACUUAAAGGAGGCUGCAAGAAGGGGUCGUAGUCCCGGCUGCCUGUGUGUGUGUUGGGGGGGGGGGGGGGCGGGAGGCAGGGAGUGCUGGGUGGGACCGACAAAGCCUCCUCCCCACGAGCCCCAAAGGGUGAGUACACUGGUGGGGACCUUGCCCUGACAGGUGUCAGCAGUAGCCGGUCUGUCUCCUUUUAUGUCCGUGUGAUAAUAGAAGCUGUCUCUUUAUGUCGUGGGAGGCUCUGAAUUCUACCCCUUCAGGGGUCAGGAGCAGCCGCCCUUGGGACAGAGCUGUCCCUGCCUGUUUGUGCCCCGAGGCUCUGCUACAGUAUUCGCCUUUAUUAAACCAAUUUCCUCGGCUGUCGUUAAUGCCAUGCUAAUGGGGAGAAGACAGCGCCCCUACAAAGCGGUCUGUCUAUAGCAUUUAACUUUAAUUAAUACGUUUCCAAAGGCUCUUUUGUAUUUGCAAAAUGAAGUGUGUGAUUAAGUCUUAUUCUUAAAGACAUAUGUUUAUACUGGUUUCUGCUUAUUUCCAUUUUUAUUUUUCCAUCAUCUUUUUUCCUCUAACAGACCUAAUAAGUUUUGCACAUUCAGAAAGUUGCGUGUUGGAAACCAGGUUUCAAAUCCCUUUUAGAUAAGAUGGGAGAGUAAAAUGUCAUUUAUUUCUGGAGUCAGUUCAAAGCUAUCAUAAAUCGACUUUACAAAUUACUUCAUUAUGAUGUGAAACAGUUGCUUAUUCUGGUUAAAACCAGACAUGUUUAGCACAUCCUUUAUGUUCAGAAUAAAGUAUUUGACUCUAAUUU